AGAGGAGGGAGGACACACAUAUAUGAGAUUUAGACUGAAGGGUUUUCAUGAUGAUCCGUCUACAGAGCUGUGAAGAAGGUGAAGUUGCUGGUUCUCAACAUGAGAACCCAUCCAGAACCUCCCAGCUGCCAUCAGAGAAAGUGGUCCAGUUGGUUCUGGGAUCUCUGCUGGCUGUUUCUCUGGUCAUCAUCUGCAGACUCUCGUUUGUCAUGUUAGAGACCAACGAACAUCUCAACUCUCUGAAAGACAAGAAUGAAGCUCUGAGGAGAAAUAUCUCAGAACCAGAUUUAACAGAACAGCCAAGAUGUCCUCCACCUCCUGCAUGUCCUCCACCUCCUAAAGCAAAAAGUGAGAUCCAUUUGAAGAAAACACCAGACUGGGAGAACUAUCAAGAACGUCUUUAUUUUUUCUCCACCGAUAAGUCCUCCUGGACUGAGAGCAGACGUUCCUGCCAAGAUCUGGGAGGAGACCUGGUGAAGAUAGACAGCAGAGAGGAGCAGAUGUUCCUGGAGGAGAAACUGAGAGGCUUGAUGGAGGAAGCAGAGGACAAGUUCUGGAUCGGACUGACGGACUCAGAGCUAGAAGGAAGAUGGUUGUGGGUGGACGGAUCACCUCUGGAUGAAAGUUUGAAGUUUUGGUGGAACAAGGAGCCUGAUGACUGGAAAGGUCCUAACGGCCAGAAUCUAGCUGGAGAAGACUGUGGGAGGAUGGGAGAGAAUGGAGGAGCCAGUGAUCUGAAGUUGUGCAAGUAG